UACUAAAAAGUUCAAAUACCACUUAACAGAAAGUUUAUAAAACGUUUUACUUCAUCUGGGCGACCAUCUACGCCUCUGAUUAGAAAGAGACGCCUUAUCAAGUAGACAGCGAGUCCUACGUGGCAAUACGAAGACGUCCCUUGACCAACUCUACGGACAUCUUUGAGCAGAAUUCUGAACAGAAUCUUUAAGACAUCUUAUCUUGUAGAUUACAGGCAUGAGAUCUACAUGUGCAGUCUAUGUUGCCUUGAUGUUAAUCUUGUUCGCUCAAGGUAAAACAAGAGAACGCCUGCGAAAGUAUCGGACUUCACGCUGUGAAAAGAAUAAAGAUUUUCAGGUUGAAAACUACAAUGGUGGCUCUAUGUGUCUCUUCUGGUCGAAGACAACUGAAACUUUUUUCAAUGCCAGAGCAGAUUGUCAAGCUCGAGGGGCGAGACUUGGGGUCUUUAAAGGUGCUGACAAAAUGGAGAUUCUUUUCAGACAAAAGGACAUUUGGAGAAGAAAUAUUUGGAUAGGUCUUGAUGAUACAGUAACUAAGGGUACAUUUGUGUGGCAUGAUGGGACAGUACUUCAAAAGAGUGAAUAUUACCCACUUUAUUUUAGCACAGAAAACCCAUCUGGUGCCACCCAAGACUGCAUCCAAUUAUGGAUCUUUGACAACAAAUUGGACGACUUUGAGUGUCAUGUCCCUGUACAUUAUGUGUGUGAGAAAGUGAUUGAUUGAGGAAAUAGUAAUUGCUAUUGAAACAAUAAAGUCAGACUACCAAUCGUCUGAAGUCUGAAGUCA